AUGGCUUCGUUUUUUAAAACUCCAGUCAUUAUUUUAGUUUUGUUUUUAUACUUACAUGAAAAGGUACUAUGUUCAAUAAAUGAAAAUGAAAAUGCAAUAGAAAAUAUAAACGAAAAUUUAAACGAAAUUGAAACUGUUAAUCAAACUAUAAAUGGAUAUGACAAUAUUGAUCAAUUAAAAUCCAUGAUUGGAAAUGAUGAACUACAUAAGAAUUUAACAAUACUAGAAAAAUUAAUUUUAGAAUCGUUAGAAAAAGAUAAAUUAAAAUACCCUGUCCUUAAACAAGAAAAUGAAAAGUUCCUAGACAUAUCGAAAUUUAAAAAAAAAAAUAUUACAGACGCUAAUGAUGAAUCUUACAUUAUACCUACCGUCCAAAACAAUUUUCAUGAUAUUGUCAAAUAUGAACAUCUUAUGAAAAAACAAUUAAUAGAAAUUUAUAAUUCUGAUAUUUCAGAUAUAAUUAAGAAAAAAAUAUUUAUUGUAAGAACAUUGAAAACAAUAAAAUUAAUGCUUAUACCGUUAGAUUCGUAUAAACAAAAUAAUGAUUUAAGAUUUGCCCUCGAAGAAUUAAAUAAUGUAUUUAUAUCAAAAAAUGUUGAAGAGAAAACCGCUAGUCCUUUAGGUGACCACGGAACGUUUUUUACCAAUUUGUUAACUCGUUUUAAAAAUAUUAUAUCUGGAGUUUAUGAUAUUCAACAUUCACAGCAAAUAAAACCUAAAAGGGAAUUACUUAUAUUAGAAGAUAACAAAAUAGAUGUAAUGGAUUCGAACGAUUUUUUUUUUACGACCAACUCCAAUAUAAAUUUUAUGGAAGCUUUAGAUGAUAUAACUAAUCAAUAUGGAUUAGGGUUAAUUAAUCAUUUGGGUCCUCAUCUAAUAGCCCUGGGACAUUUUAUUGUUUUGAAACUAGCUCUUAAAAAUUAUAAUAGUUAUUUCCAAGCAAAAAGUAUAAAAUUUUUUAGUUGGCAAAAAAUUUUAGAAUUCUCCAUGUCUGAUCGAUUUAAAGUUCUUGAUAUGAUGUGUGAUCAUGAAUCUGUCUAUUACACAGAGAAAAAACGUAGAAAAACGUACUUGAAAGUUGAUCGAUCACACACAAGUAUGGAAUGUAAUAUAUUGGAAUAUUUAAUACAUUAUUUUAAUAAAUAUCAAUUAGAAAUAAUUAAAACGACACAAGAUACGGAUUUUGACUUACACGGUAUGAUGGAACAUAAAUAUAUAAAAGAUUAUUUCUUUUCAUUCAUGUGUAAUGAUCCUAAAGAAUGUAUUAUUUAUCAUACGAAUCAAUUUAAAAAAGAAGCAAACGAAGAAAACACGUUCCCAGAAGAACCUAACCGUGAAAUAAGUGCAUAUAAUAUAUAUUUGAAUUAUUAUUAUUUCAUGAAACGUUAUAGUUCCUAUGGAACAAAAAAAACAUUAUAUGUCCAUUUAUUAAAUUUAACAGGGCUUCUAAAUUAUGAUACAAGAGCGUAUGUCACAUCACUUUAUUUACCAGGAUAUUAUAACACUGUCGAAAUGUCAUUUACUGAAGAGAAGGAGUUUUCAACACUCUUUGAAAAAUUAAUACAAUGUAUUGAAAAAUGCCAUUCAGAUCAAACAUAUACAAUAUCAAAAGAUAGUAAUUUCCUUAAUGAUAUAACAAAAUGUGAUUUGUGUAAAGGAGCCUUUUUAUACACAAACAUGAAAUUUGAUGAAGUACCUUCGAUGAUGCAAAAAUUUUAUGUAUACUUAACUAAAGGGCUCAAAAUACAAAAAGUAUCAUCACUAAUGAGAACAUUAGAUGUCUAUCAAGAUUACAGUAAUUUCUUAUCACAUGAUAUUAAUUGGUACACUUUCCUAUUUUUAUUUAGACUUACAAGUUUUAAAGAUAUUUCAACCAAAAAUAUCGCUGAAGCAAUGUAUUUAAAUAUAAAAGAUGAAGAUACCUUCAACAGAACCGUCGUGACCAACUAUUGGUUCCCUUCUCCUAUAAAAAAAUAUUAUACAUUAUAUGUUAGAAAACACAUUCCAAACAAUUUAGUAGAUGAAUUGGAAAAAUUAAUGAAAGUUGGAACACUAGAAAAAAUGAAAAAAUCUCUCACAUUUUUGGUCCAUGUAAAUUCGUUUUUACAACUAGAUUUUUUCCAUCAAUUGAAUGAACCACCUCUAGGAUUACCAAGAUCCUAUCCUUUAUCGUUAAUUCUCGAACAUAAAUUUAAAGAUUGGAUGAUUAGUUCGCCAGCAGGGUUUUAUUUUUCUAAUUAUCACAAUCCAUAUAUACGAAAAGAUUUACACGAUAAAGUGUUAUCACAAAAAUUUGAACCUCCUAAAAUGAAUCAAUGGAACAAAGUUUUGAAAUCCUUAAUAGAGUGCGCAUAUGAUAUGUAUUUUGAUCAACGACAUGUGAAAAAUUUAUAUAAAUAUCAUAAUAUUUAUAAUAUAAAUAAUAAAUUAAUGUUAAUGCGAGACUCCAUGGAAUUGUAUAAAACUCAUUUUGACGACGUAUUAUUUUUUGCAGAUAUAUUUAAUAUGAGAAAAUAUAUCACUGCCACCCCAACAUAUAAAAAAGUAAUAGAUCGCGUCUAUCAUACCUUGCAUAGUAUUAUGGGAAAUUCUGUCAAUUUUUACAAUUAUGGUAUUAUAUAUGGCUUUAAAGUAAAUAAAGAUAUAUUAAAAGAAGUGGUUGACGAACUGUUUUCCAUUUAUAAUUUUAACACAGAUAUAUUUUCAGAUACUUCGUUUCUACAAACAGUUUAUUUACUAUUUAGAAGAAUAGAAGAAACGUACAGGACACAACGAAGAGAUGACAGGAUGAGUGUUAAUAACGUUUUUUUCAUGAAUGUGGCAAAUAAUUAUUCGAAAUUAAACAAAGAAGAACGAGAAAAAGAAAUCCAUAAUUCUAUGGCAUCACGAUAUUAUGCGAAAACCAUGUUUGCAGCAUUUCAAAUGUUGUUUUCCACAAUGUUAAGUAAUAAUGUGGAUCAUCUUGAUAAAGCAUAUGGAUUAAGUGAAAAUAUCCAGGUAGCAACAAGUACGUCCGCAUUUCUUACAUUUGCAUAUGUAUAUAACGGAAGUAUUAUGGAUAGUAUGACGAACAGUUUGUUGCCACCAUAUGCUAAAAAACCAAUAACACAAUUAAAAUAUGGAAAAACAUUCGUUUUCUCCAACUAUUUCAUGCUAGCAUCCAAAAUGUACGAUAUGUUGAAUUAUAAAAAUUUAAGUCUUUUAUGUGAAUACCAGGCAGUAGCAAGUGCGAAUUUCUACUCUGCCAAAAAAGUAGGUCAAUUUAUUGGCAGAAAAUUUUUACCCAUAACUACAUAUUAUCUUAUUUUCAGAAUUAGUUGGACACAUGCUAUUACAACAGGAUGUCAUUUAAUUCCACAAUUAACAGAUCCGAAAUAUGAUGCUAAUAGCGUUUCUACUGGUAAACAUUGUUCAGGUUAUCAUAGUACUGAUUCUUCUAGUAUAACUAAUUCUUAUAAAUCCCCUCAAAGUUUUUUCUUCAGUCACUCACUUGCUGGUCAAGCAUCACAAUAUUUGUUUUUUUAUUUUUUCACUAAUUUAUAUCUUGAUGCCGGCAAACAUUUUCCUGGAGGGUUUGGUCCUGCAAUAAAAGAACAAACACAACAUGUUAGUGAAAAAACAUACGAACGCAAACCUUCCGUUCAUAGUUUUAAUAGAAAUUUUUUCAUGGAAUUAGCUAACGGGUUCAUGUACGCCUUUUGUUUUUUUACGAUUUCACAAAUGUAUGCAUAUUUUGAAAAUAUUAAUUUUUAUAUUACGAGUAAUUUCCGUUUCUUGGAAAGAUAUUAUGGAGUAUUCAAUAAGUAUUUUAUAAACUAUGCAAGAACAAAACUUAAAGAAUUCACAAGUGAUCUUUUAAUAAAAUAUCAACGUGAAGCAUACUUAAAUAUGAAAAAAUAUGGGUAUUUAGGUGAAGUUAUUGCUUCAAGAUUGUCGCCCAAAGAUAAAAUCAUGAAUUAUUUGCACGACACUAACGAGGAAACCAUGAGUAAUUUAAGAAGAUACGAUAUGGAACAUGCUUUCAAAAACAAAAUGGCUACAUAUGUAGAUGAUUUUGCUUUUUUUGACGAUUGUGGCAAAAACGAACAGUUUUUAAACGAAAGAUGUGAUUACUGUCCUGUCGUUGAAGAAGUGGAAGAAACACAACUACAACCACAAUUACUCUCACACACUGAUGAGACCACGAAUGUAUCCAAGGAAUCAACGAGUACCUAUAUUGAUGUUGAAAAAAUAAAUGAAUCGGUAUCGGUAGAAAGUGACGAUGAAAAGGAUUUAGAUGUACCCGACGAUGAAUUAAUGGUUGCAAGAUUUCACUAA